AUGGAGCUUUCAGACAGUGACAGACCUGUCAGCUUUGGUUCAACUUCUUCAUCUGCCUCUUCCAGGGAUAGUCAUUGUUCAUUUGGCAGUCGCAUGACUCUUGCAUCAAACAGUCAUCUGGGUUUGUUUCAUCAGGAUAAGGAAGUAGGAGCUAUAAAACUAGAACUGGUUCCUGCCCGACAAUUAUCAAAUGAUGACCUUCCAAGGAACUUCAGUAGAGAGCAAUCUCAUGGAAGCCCAAGGGAAAAAACAGCUGAUGAGAGACAGAACGUGCCAUGGAAAGCAGAGUCAAAAGGAACGGUCAAAAACUGUUCCAGGUCUGAAGUCAUGGAGCCUGGAAGUCCAAAGCUUAUGUAUGUUGACAGAGUAGUUCAGGAAAUUCUGCAGACUGAGAGGACCUAUGUUCAAGACUUGAAAAGCAUUGUUGAGGAUUAUCUCAAUUGUAUUUGCGACCAGACAAGGCUCACCCUUGGGAUGGAUGAACGUUCAGCGCUGUUUGGUAAUAUUAGAGAUAUCUACCAUUUCAAUAGUGAACUCCUACAAGAGUUGGAAAACUGUUACAAUGACCCUGUUGCAAUAGCAGAAUGUUUUGUUUCAAAGAGUGAAGAGUUUCAUAUAUACACACAGUAUUGUACAAAUUAUCCAAGAUCUGUGGCAAUACUAACAGAGUGCAUGAGAAAUAAAAUAUUGGCCAAAUUCUUUAGAGAACGACAGGAAGUAUUGCACCAUUCACUUCCCUUGGGAUCCUACCUUUUGAAACCUGUCCAAAGGAUACUUAAGUAUCACUUGCUGUUGCACGAGAUAUCAAAUCACCUGGAUAAGGAUACCGAAGGAUAUGAUGUUGUUCUCGAUGCUAUUGACACAAUGCAGCGAGUAGCUUGGCAUAUCAAUGACAUGAAGAGAAAACAUGAGCAUGAGAUCCGCCUUCAGGAAAUCCAGAGUUUGCUAACUAAUUGGAAAGGACUUGACUUGACGAGUUACGGAGAGCUGGUCCUGGAGGGAACAUUCCGUAUUCAGCGUGCCAAAAAUGAGCGCACUUUGUUUCUUUUUGAUAGGCUGCUUCUUAUCACAAAAAAAAGGGAAGACACCUACACAUACAAAGCUCAUAUAUUGUGUUGCAAUCUAAUGCUGGUUGAAGUUAUAGCAAAAGAACCACUUAGUUUCAGCGUGUUUCACUACAAGAACCCUAAGUUGCAGCAUACGGUGCAGGCUAAGUCUCAGCAGGAUAAACGACUUUGGAUACUGCAUUUGAAAAGACUAAUACUUGAAAACCACCCAGCAAAAAUACCAGCAAAGGCUAAACAAGCAAUUUUAGAAAUGGAUGCUAUACAUCAUCCUGGCUUUUGCUUUACACCGGAAGGAGAAAAAAAGGCAGCGGUAAAUGAAAAAGAUGGCCUUGUGUCGGGCCGCGUGAGAAGAAAAUCAGAACCUUCAUCUAACUUACACAAAGUGAUGAAGCAAAAUGAUACAAGUCCAGUGAUCCAAAAGCGCAUUAGUAUACAAGACACGUUGCUCUGUCAGGCAGCUAAACUAGGAUCAGGGGAUAUGGAUCUUAGCCCUGUGUUGCGGAAAGCUGGAGUAUUGGACCACAGUAAUCAUGUGAGCCAGGAAUAUUUGGCACAAGCGUAUAAUAGGGAAAAUCGACGCUUAGGAGCAACAGAUCAGACUGAUGCAGAUGACGAAGAGGACUCUGAACACAGCUCUCAGCAGAAGAUCAAAGGAGGUCGAAAGAGACUAAAUAGCCAAGCAUCGGAGAAUGUUGAAAAGAGGAGGAGUAUAAACCUCAGUUUAUGUGACAGUCAGAAUUUAAAAGAUCCAUCAGAUGAUGAGUCUUCACAUUUGAAUGCUGAUCCACUGUUUCCUGGUUCUGUUGUGCGACCUUCAAGUAGGCAGCAGAGUACACCCCACAGCAACUCUCUAAUAAUGAAUAUCCUUGGCGGCACAAAUGCUUUACGAAAUAUCUGGACAGAUCACCAGAUUAGACAAGCUCUUUUUCCUCCUAGAAGGUCUCCUCAAGAACUUGAGGAGGAUGAUGAUUAUCAGAUGUUCAUGAUGUCUGAUUCUUCAAAAUUGGACUCGUCUAGAGCCCAGGAAGAGAGAAGUCCAUCUAGUCGCCCUUGUAGCUGGCACCUUGGUUCUGUGCAGGGAGAUCUUAUUCCUAAUUCCUAUUGCAGAAUUGUACGACGAGCAAGCAGUGUAGGAGAGAAUAAAACUAGUUCGAAUAAAUGGAGGGGCCAUCACAAUUAUUACAGGCAGACAUCUCGAGAGGAAGAUGUAGAAACCUCUUCUAGUCAUGGUCCACAUAAUUCUUCUCUUGGUUCUGCUGAGGAGCUCACAAUUGAUGAUAUUGAACAUGUUUAUGAUAAUAUUAGUUAUGAAGAUCUUAAACAAAUGGGACUUGCAAGGAGAGAUGAAUCUGAUUUUCUUAAUGCAGCAGCUAAUGGUUUGCAUCAAAGUAAUGACAAUAUUAGAAUUUGCCCACUAAAAGGUUGUGGGGAGAGAACUAAGAGUUCUGUGGUAACAAGCAGGAAUACAAAUGCUUUUAAGAGAGGAUCAUCUACUUCCAACUCUCAAGAGCUCAAAGUCAUUGAAGAAAAUAUCUAUGACUCUAUCCGUCUUCCAGAGCAAUCAUUGGCAAGUUUACGUCGCAAUUCAUAUUCUAAGAGGAGCAAUUUUUUGGGCUUGGACUCUGAUUUUCAGUGCUUUGACCAUUUGGAUGGAUUUGUUUCUGAAGAAAGUCUUCAGUUCAGUGAAGAUGAGUCAUUGGACCAUCAGGUGCCUGUGAGAGAGGCUGAAUGCUUUAAUUUGUUGGAUGUUUCCUCAAAUUCGGAUUCCCUGUCUCACAAGUCUGCAGCUGAUAAACUAUCUGAAGAAGUAGAUGAGAUCUGGAAUGAUUUGGAAAACUACAUUAAAAAGAACGAGGAGAAGAAAAGUGAACAUCUUUUGGCAUCAUUUCCUGUAAGUAAAGAUGAUGUGCAUCAAACAAGAAACAAGCCUCAUCUGAGGAAGGAUGUAGAAUAUUCACUGUCUUCACUGUGUUUACCAGAUAAAUCUCCCGCAGUUAGAAAAAAUAUUAACAACCCAAAAGUAAUUAAGGAUGAAGUGAGUUCUCAACACUAUAAGAGGGGCUCAUCACUAGAUCUAAAGAGGACUUCUCUUGCAAGUGAGAUGUCCUUUGUGGAUCCUACCUACUUUGCAUCAAGCAGCACACUUUCUUAUUCAGAUGCUGUGAGCACUGAUAAGGGUUUGGACAUCAUUGAUAAAUCAAAAAAUAAAGUGUUUAUGAUGGCUCGUCAAUACAGCCAUAAAAUAAAAAAGGCUAAUCCGCUUUUAAAGAUGAAAAGUCCAGAGCAGGAGCAGUUGUCUUUGAAGCAACAGAAACUAAAAACAAAAGACAUGCCCGAUAUGAUGGAAGAGAAGAAACAAGGAGGAACAGCUAUCGGUGCAAGAAUAGCAGAAUAUUCCCAGCUUUAUGAUCAGAUUAUUUUCCGUGACUCACCCACUAGGACACCAAAGGAGACUAAAUGUAACCCAAAUGAGUCUCCAUUGUCAAGGUCAAAGUUUGAACAACCGAAAUCUCCUGGAACUCCGAUUCAUACUAGAAAUGACUCCAUUUUCCAUUCCACUAAUAUUAAUGGAGAUGUAGGAGAUUUUUAUACAUGGCCUGAUCAUAAAGACUUGAAGUCAAGAUCUGGUUUAUUUGAACACAGUACAAAAAGCAGCCAAAGGCACAUUGCACAUGCGGGCUCUGUGCCAUCAUUGACCAAGGACAUUGCAUCGCCAUCACUAGCUCAAAGAUGGAGUACAGUUAGUCAACAAUUUAGUGAACAUGUGUAUGAAAACCAUUCUUAUAAUUCAUUAGGAAGGAGGAUUGUCUGUGAAAAAGCACAGCCGUACAUUCGUUCACAGUCGUCUUCCUCUAUGUUAAUUCAUGGAAUUGAAGGCUCUCUAAGACCUAUUAAAAGCGUCUCUGCAAAACAGCCACUGUCUUUCUUAAAACCAGAAAGGCAGGAUGAGCUUUAUAAUGUUGGUGAACAUUCCAGAAAUGAGAGAACACCACAAACCCGGCAAGAACUCUCAAAUAUGACACUUCAGGACACUCAGAAGAUCUUGGUUUUAAACACACUCACAUCUCUUAAUGCCCAGAUAGCAACUCUUAACUAUUAUGCCAACUUCAAAGAUGGAGAUGGUGAUGAUGAUGACUAUGUAGAGAUAAAAUCUGAAGAUGAAGAUGAAAAUCUGGAGACUGCUUCUAACCAAAGGGUGCCAUCAGUUCUUAAAGGGAAGUCAGAACUUCAACAGACCAGUGCAUCUUAUAACUUCAACAAACCCAUAAAACCAGUUAAAACUUUUAUUAGCAAGGAGACCUCGGAAGCUUCUCAGGUGGCCUAUGAGGACGCAGACAAACUUAAUGACUAUCUGUGGAGGGAACCCCCCUCUAAUCAGCAAAAUAUUGUUCAGUCUCUAAGAGAAAAGUUUCAGUGUCUCAGCUCAAGUAGUUUUGCUUGAGCAAAUGCUUUAAUUAGCAUCAUAGAGGGGGAAAAAAAGUACUGUAAUGUAUUAAAGCGCUAAAGCAUUGUGCACUGUAUUAUUCAUGUUUGUUUGUUUCGCUUUAUUGUUUACAAAUGUUAACUUUAUUCAGCAAGACAUCUUGCACAUUUUUCUGUCACACAAAUGUCUUACAAAAUCAUUGUCGCUGUUUUGUUUUUUUUCUAUGUUGAAUUUUUUCAUAAUCCAUGUAAAGCCAGUAACAUAAUUUAUGUAGCCUUAAUAAAAAGUAUUUUGAUGUAGUUAAAGUGGAACAAACGCUAGGAUUGACUAUUGAAACAAAUAAA